CUUUAGAAACCAUCACCACAAUGUCGACAUCUGAAAAACCCCAAAUUGUUAUAAUACAUUCCACCUUGAGGUCAGACACAUUCUCAACUUUUCAAUUUAUAAAAAAAACACCAAACAAAUUGGUGCUCUCAGAGCAUUGGAAAAAAUACUACAUGUUUGAGGGAGGGGCUUAGAGUCGUAAUUCUUGAUUAUAUGACAAGUAUUAAAGUCCUAUCACAGCAAGAAGACUAUAUUAACCUGUGGUACGUCUACAAUGUUUGACAACUUAAAAUCUUUGAAACAUGAAACUUACUUUUUUAUCACUACUCUUUAUGUGGAUUGUUUUUGUUUGGCAACAUAGCACCACAGCUCCCAAGCACUGUGUGUAACUAACUCAGGAGUAUACAAGUUUAUCUUAACAUUACACAAAGCUAAUUACAUAGCAACAGUAUCUAGCCUGCUGGUUUUCUUCUGACAUGUUUGACAGAUGGGCCACACAGGGGAAAAAAGUUUUGGUUUCAUCAAUAGCUUAGCUACCAAUUUCGAAAACACAGUUUUCCUCCUCAUUUUAUCUACAGAAUCUACAAUGCUGCCACAUUUACUGGAAUAUGUCUGCUGAGUUUUGUUUUGUUUUCCUUACAUCUGUCAACUCGGUCUGUUGUUAAGCAAUAGAAAAGAGGAUCAGAAGGCAACAGCAUUGCACAAGAAAAGGUGAAGAGUUUAUGCUUUCCUUUCUCUUUUUUUCUUUUUUUCCGUGGUGGUUCCUGAGGUUUCCAGUUGAAGCAGGAUGGUGUUUGUUGUCAGCAACUUGUACAGUCCUCUGUAAUGAUGAACAUUUUCCUCUAGUAGAUAUUGACCUGCAAAGGAAUGCCUAAUGUAUUUAGAAUAAAUAAUUUGCAUGAUGCAUACAAUGAGUAUAUACACAAAUCCGUACGCCAUAGAAGUCCUGAAAAUGAAAAAGAAUGAACUUGUAGAGGGCAUAAAUAACCCUGAUCACCUUCUCGACUGCUUAAUAGAAUAUGGCAUUUUUACCCCAGAGAAAAAAUUGGUCUUGUCCUACUACAGAACACGAAGAGCAAAGAACUCUCGGGUUUUGGAUAUCUUAGCUUCUCAAGGUGAGCGAGCCUGCAGGCUCUUCUUUUAUCCAUGUCUGAAAGAGAUUGAACCAUAUCUGUACAGCCAGAUAAGGAAUUAUGUCAGUGAUGUGAAUGUAAAAAUUGGAGAUGCAAGAAGGCAGCUGAUAGGCUACCUUCUUGAGAAAGAUAAAGGAUGGACUCAAACAGACAAGGAUCUUCAGCAAGAGAAGAAAGAUAGCCCUAGGCAGAGUCUGGUGAAGCCACAGAAGCUAGUUCGGGUCAAACAUAAAUCAAAACAAGUUUCAGCAACAGUGAAAUCCAUAGACCCUGGUCUUAAGUCUCCUAAUGUUUUUGAUUCUGUUGCUAAAGGUAAUCUUUCUGAGUUGGAAAAAUACUUAAAGGAGAAUGAGGUUAAUGCCGUGAACUCUGCAAAUGAAACCCUCUUACACAUUGCAGCUGCUCAUGGCCAUACUGAAAUAAUUGACUACUUAAUCAGCAAAGGUGCCAAGCUGGAAGUAAAGGAUCAAAAAGAAAGAACUCCACUCCACAGAGCUGCUAAGGAAGGUCAUGGAAAAGCUGUGAAUAUGCUGCUCCAAGCUGGUGCUGAUAUGUACACCUUAGCUCAAGAAGGUAAAACCCCUUUACAUUUGGCCAAUCAGAACAACCACACACACAUUCUGAAGAGCAUCCUGGAGGAAGAGGCAAGACGACACAAGAAUCAACACAACUUUCUCCACAUGGCUGCCCUAAGAAAUGACAGUGAUCUGGUCAAAAUGCUUUUAAAGAGUGGUGCUUUGUUAGAAGCCAAAGAUGAGAGAGGGCAGACAGCUUUGGGUUAUGCUGUGUCUCGGGGAUUUAAGAAGACUGUCAAAGUUUUGCUGGAAGCUGGAGCCAAGGUUGACUCCAGCAUAAUUGAUGUUGCGUUUAAUAGCAACAACCAAUCUCUCUUCAGGUUAUUGCUGGAAUAUGCCAACAAAAUGUCACCUGAAACAAUGGUAUCAGCUCUCUUUAAAGCUGUAGAGCAAAACCUUCACGGCAUCGUAGCUGCUUUAAUUGAAAGAGGUAUAGACAUAAAUGCUCACAACGAAAUGCAGUAUACGCCAUUGCUUGUGGCAUGUGAAAUGGGGAAGAUGGAGUCAGCAAAAAUUCUCAUUGAAAAGGGCGCCAGCUUGAAAGAGAAGACACCUGACUCAAGUAGCGCUUUACACCUGGCAGUUCAAGCUGGAUCUACUUCCAUCGCCAAAAUGCUCUUACACAAAGGAAUGGAUCCCAACAUCAUGAGUCAGAGAGAUCAAAGUCCCCUCCAUGUUGCUGCAUUUCACAAUAAGGGAGCACUGGUGGAUGUAUUGAUUGAAGGAGGAGCUAAAAUUGAUCCAGUUACUAAAGAACUGCACACUCCAUUGCACUUAGCAAGUUACAAGGGACAUACUGAGGUUGCUCAGAAGCUAUUGCAGAACAAGGCCAAGGUCAAUCUGAAGGAUAAACAGUCAAAAACGCCUCUGCAUCUUGGAGCUGAAAAGGGACAUAUUGCUCUGGUGGAACUGCUUCUUGGUUCGAACGCUGAUCCAAAUUCAGCCGAUAAAGAGAAAAAAACACCACUCCACCUUGCAUCCAUAGGAAGCCAUCUUAGCACCAUAAAAGCACUAUUGGCUAAGAAGUCUAGAUUUGGGGCCAAGGACAUGGAUGGUUGCAUCCCUGCACACUAUGCAGCCAUCAGUGGUAACAUGGAGAUAUUAAAAGCUCUAUUGGUUGCUGGGAACUAUAAAAAUAUCAAUGAUAAAAAUAUUUGGAGAAAGACACCACUGCACCUUACAGCAGAAUAUGGACACAGUGAUAUGAUGCAUUACCUCUUGAGUAAUGGCUCAGCCAUCAAUGCUCUGGACAACAAUAAAGAUACCCCAUUGCACUGUGCUUGCAAAGCUGGCCAUUUUAACUGUGUAAACACACUGGUCAACUGGUCCGCUGGAGAAAAAGUCAAUUUACAAGCUACCAAUAGCCUGAAGAAAACUCCGCUGCAGACGGCAGAAUCUAGCUCUACUGAUCAACAAGCUCAAAUUGUUACUCUUUUGAAAAAGAAAAUGUUAUUGAUAAGAUGAAUAUGCAAAGAAAGGAAUUCUGUAAUAAAUGUUUCCUACCACUGUCUCAUACAGAUGUCUAGGAGAAAAGAGACAUCAUGCAACAACUCCCUGGUAACUAUUAAAGUUAAACUGUAAAAAGUUGUUGCUUUUAAUAGUUUUAUCUGGCAGGUAUUCAGGUCAAAUUAUUGCAAGACUGGGAACCAUGUAAUCCUCCAAAAGUAAGAGUUGUUGGCACUUGGAGAUAUUAUAUGAUGAGCUUAGUACAUCCAGCAUGUGAAUGAGUCUUUAGAAAUAACAUAGAAAGCCGGCUCAAAUGAAAAGAAAUAUUUCUGAAAUGUGUUGAGGUUUAGAUAGGUUCACAGUGGUCUCCAAUAGAUAUUGGUAUUACAAAAAGAAAGAAAUGAAAUCAGAAAUCAUUAUACCUCUGUGUGUGUGUGUGUGUGUGUGUGUGUGUGUGUGUGUGUGUGUGUGUGUGUGUGUGUUGAUGUGCCUUCAUUAGAGCCAGCAUUAUGUAAUUGUCUGAGCACUGGACUAUAACUCUGAAGACCAGAGUUCAUAUCCCUGUUCAACCAGAUAAACCCAUUGGAGGUGCAUGUACACUACUUUGACUGCCAUGCUCAAUACAACAGAAGCAUGGGAGUUGUAAUUUGUUGUGGUAUCAAUAGUCUUUGGCAGAGAUGUCUAAAGAUCCAUAGCAUUGAAUCAUGGCAGUCAAAGUAGUGCAUUAAUUUUACAGUGUAGAGGCACCCUAGGUGACAUUGAGCAAAUCACACCCUCUCAGGCCCCUUGUACACUGUCCUUAUAUCCCGGGAUCUGAUCCCAAGUUAUCUGCUUUGAACUGGAUUAUGUGAGUCUCCACUGGUAUAUAAUCUGGGAUAAACGGAUAAUCUGGGAUCAGAUCCUGGGAUGUAGGGCAGUAUAGAAGGGGCCUCAGUUUAAGAGGAAGGCAAGGGCAAGCUCGUUUAAACCACAACAAUGUCCCCUCAAGCUGUCUGUUGACUAAUGAUGACCCUAUGAAUUUCAUAGGUUUUCUUUGGCAAGGCACAUCCAGAUGUAGUUCUGUCAGCUCCUUCAUCUAAAAUAUUACCUACAGCAUCUGGUAUUCAUUGGUGGUUUCUUGUCCAAGUACUAACCAAGCCUGAUCCUGUUUACUUAUCUGUUAGAAAUUAUCUUUAAAAUUUUGAUAAUGAAACAUAAUUUAAUGCUGUGUGUAUUUUUUCAUAUCAUUUUUUGUAAAACCAUAAAGCAUUGUUCUUAGGUUUCCCCAACUCCAUCUUUGUUGUACAAGUUGCUGAAAUGUGUGUUAUUAGUCUAUAGGCUUUGUGAUCCAUACAUUAUGCCUUUUCUUUAAGUGGUGGAGAACACAUGCCCUUCCAGGUGUUGUUGGACUCCGCUUCCCGUUAUCCUCCACUCCACAAUUAGGUUUUUUUCUGGCUAGGGUUGAUAUUAGUUGAAGUCCAAUAUUUCAAGGGACACACAUUAUCAAACCUUGUACUAUUUGAACUGGAAAUUAUUGAGUCUGGGCUCUGUUGUGUAUGGCCUGCCUAGUACUUGAGUCUGAGUUCUGAGCUUUUUAGUUUGCAUUUGAUUACUUAUUUUUUCUUAAGUAUUACAAUUUCCCCAAUUGUAUUGAACAACCAUAAAAACCUAACAGUGGAAGACAACACCAAAUGGGUGUCAAACUAUCGGCUGCUGGUAUGUAAUAAAGAAUACGUGAAGUACAGUAGAGUCUCACUUAUCCAACAUAAACGGGGCGGCAGUACGUUGGAUAAGUGAAUAUGUUGGAUAAUAAGGAGAGAUUAAGAAGAAGCCUAUUAAACAUCAAAUUAAGUUAUGAUUUUACAAAUUAAGCAACAAAACAUCAUGUUAUACAACACAUUUGGCAGAAAAAGUAGUUCAAUAUGCAGUAAUGCUAUGUAGUAAUUACUGUAUUUAUGAAUUUAGCACCAAAAUAUCACGAUGUAUUGAAAACAUUGACUACAAAAAUGCGUUGGAUAAUCCAGAAUGUUGGAUAAGCUAAUGUUGGAUAAGUGAGACUCUACUGUAUUAUAUAUCACAAGUGGUUUAUGGAUUCAUGAUGGCUUGACCGCCAAUGCUUAAGGAGGCAUAGUCUAGUGAUAAGAUAUCAUAAGAUAUGAGAAAUAUGAGUAUUCCUUUAUUGAUUUGUUUGAUUUGCCUCUUUAAUAGAUUACUGUUAGAUUCUAUUCUUUAAAAAUCUUAUUAUAAAUAGUUUAAACUCUUUUGAGCAUCUCAGUUUGAGUGGGAGGAAAAUAUGGAAUUACAAACAUUACUACAAAUAAAACAUUUAAAAGAAGAAACCAUGUGUUUAUGAAUGAAGCUUCUCUAUACGGUGCUGAUGGUCAUGAUGAAUAGAAUUCAUUACGGUUUGGAUGCAUUCCUGUAUGACCUAUUGAUUUGAGUGUCACAUUCAAUGCAAGGCAUAAGUUCUCUAUCAAGCAUAUUCACACAUGCAUGUGUGUGCAUGUACCUACCCUACAGAACAAAAUAAAUCUGCUGCCAAAGCGAGUUACC